AUGGCGGAGCACCAUCAUAGCACGCUCCUCGACGACUUCCUCGACCCCGAUGAGGAGAAGACGACGGAGGCCGACCUCAUGUCCUGGCCCAACCAAGUGCAUGAGCUCGACAGCGCGUUCUCGUCCUUUAUCCUCGACCCGCAGCUCAACACGGCGUCGCCGUCCGUGACCAUGUCGCCGUCAACGCUCGCGUGGCUGCAGCAGUCGCUUGGCUCGGGCACGCUCUCGGCCCACUCGCAGUCCGAGCAAGAUGCACUGCUCCACCUCUUCUCGCCAUACACGAUGCCGAGCCCGCGCGAGACCGAGUUCCGUGGCGGCGGCAUCGACUGGAAGGUGCUCAACGAGGCAGCCAUCGAUGAGGAUGCGCCGACGCAGUGGAAGGAGAUCCCGCAGAGCCGGCUGCAUCCUGAUAUGAUCCCGCCCACCACCUCGAUGCCCAUCAGCAUGGCGUCGGCCGCGUCCGCGACCGCAGCGUCCUUGAUGUCGAUGACCCUGCAAGACCCGUCGUCGCUCCCCAAGAUGCUCAAGACGACGGCCAUGUCCAUGUGGCCGCUCAACCGCUUCCAACAACAGACGAACGCAGAGCAGCAGCCACUUCCCAUGCCCGACGUCAUACCGCCCGCGCACCCGUACUCGCUGGACGCAGGCAAGCGCCGCAUGCUUGUCUCGCCCGAAUUUGAGCAGUUUGAAGCCGCGGGUCCCGUCGUCGCACGACGACCGUCCAAGAAGCCGCCUGCCGACGCCGUCGACGUCAAGGUCGAGGUCAAGAAGUCCAUCGAUGUGGACGACACCAAGUCGGUGGCGUCGACGAUGAAGGCGCCCGAGGACGUGCGGUGCCGCUGCACGGGCAAGUGCCGGAAUGCCCGGUGCGCGUGUGUCAAGGCGGGUCGGGUCUGUGGUGUCGAGUGCAAGUGCCAAGAGUGCUCCAACCCGUUCGUGCCCAUGCAGAAGAAAGGCAUCCAGAUUGAAAAGAUGAUCCAUGACAAGUGCCUCAUGCAAAACCUGAGCAAGAUUCGAAGCAUGGAAGACAUUCUCAUGGGCCCCGUCGAGAUUGACUGCAGCUGCGGAUCCCAUCGCACCUGCCACGUCUACGAGACGCUGCUGCAGCCCGAGCUCAAGUCCGACGGCACGUACGCGUUCCCAGUCUCGUGCACAGCGUGCGACGCGACGUUCCACUACUCGUGGUGCACCAACAAGGUCUGGUCCAGCAAGCAGCCGCGCAAGCAUUGCGAAAUUUGCAAGCGGUGCGGGUCCCACCGUAGCCAGCACUGCCACGUGUGCAACCACUGCUACUUUGCCGGCGUCGCCAACAGCUUUUCAUGUCCGUGCCAGUCGCCCGCCAAUGCCGCGCCGCCCUCGGAGCUCGACGACACCGAGUCGAUUGCGAGCACCCUCUCGCUGCCCUUCAACGAGCCCCUCAAGACAGAGGCAGAUGAGAAGGACGACGAGCAGUGCCCCGUGCAAUGA